CUGAAGAUUGAACACCGCGUAUUAUCAGCUCUUACGCUACCGAGUGGAGACUGUUUUCUCUAUUUUAAUUUUGGAAAAAAGGCCUUCCAGAUAGUAUAAACAGAAGGCAUUAAGAAUUUACCGAACUGAUGGAACGAGUACAUGUUGAAAGAAGCACUAUAAAGUAUUAUUUGAACCGCGUGCAUUGCUUGUCGUCUAUAACAGAUAUCGAAGAGAAACGUAAGUUCUGCUAAGGUUACGUAAGAUUACAAAUUGUAUUUUUCAUCAAAAUUCCAAUUAUUUAAGGUUCAUCCAAUUUUUUGCCAAAUCGCUUUUAUAUAUUCAUUAAUUACUAGCUUUAAAGUGUGUUCAAAAUUAAAGACUAGUCACCUAGAUACUUAACAAAGCAACCGUUUUUUACAAAUGUUUCUUCACGUGGGUUGUGUGGCAAUGAGCUCGGCUGAGCAAAAACGUACCGAGAAUAUAAGCUGAUUGUGAUAGACAAAAUGAACGCUGAAAAGGACAUAGCGAUGGUGCCACUCGUCAAACAUGAUAUCUGUAAAUGAAUUUUACUAAAAAGCGAGAGUUGUUGGUUGCUAGUGUCAGUAUUGACAUUUGUUCAAUUAGGUGUUCAGAUUUGUUUGGGUAGGUUUUCGCAUGUACUAUCUGCACUAUUUAUAUUUUCGCAUCUAUGACAAAUAGUUUUUGGUUUCAAGCACUUCUUUUAUAUACUUUUAGACAACUUUAUACUAAAUACGUUUUUGGCAUUUCAAAAAGAUGGUUGGUCAUUAGCACUACAUCCACAAGUAUGCAGGUGUUUAGAAGAAUUAAUUACAGAUGCAAACGUGGAGUGUAUUGCUCUCUUGCUAAAAAUUCUAUCCAAAGGUUGGGGUCGAUUAAUCAAUAGCAAGUUUGCAUAUCAUUUGCUUCACAAGGCAUUGUCUAAAUGUCAAACAGCUGAAUAUAACGCCGACGAAUUGAUUGUUGAUCAUCUACAAAGUUUCUGUACUCAUAUGAAAGAAAAUCUGUCAGUCUAUAUAACCAAUUCUCAUGCAACGCAUACAUGUCGCAUUUAUCCACAAAUUUUAGCUGGAGUUCGUUUAGAAAAGGACAAAAAAACAAAUACUUAUAAGUCAGCUGUUCAACUUGUCACACCGUACGAUGAAAAUUAUAUUCAGUCACUUGAUGAGUUGUGUAAAGAGUUCUUAUUUACGAAAGCAUUGAAAAAUCAUGUGGUCAACGAACACCUUUGUCCAUUUAUUCAAGUAUUAUUGCUUGUCGCAUCAGCUCGUCUUCCUGAUGUAUUUACAAAAAAGUUUAAAAAGGUUAUGAAGUAUUCUGGUUUGUUUAGUUUGAAUUUACAAGAAGACGAUUUGAUUACAAGAUAUCUUGGUUCUUAUGCUCACCCAGUUGCCACCUACUUCGCUGAACUUCUCGUGGAGGUUAUGCCAGGGGCUAAUUUUGCAAAAUUUUUAAACACUCAUAUUUUAUCAGAGUGUUCACUCUCUUUGGAUAGCAAUGAUUCAAAUCCUGUAACAGUAGCAGAUAUUCUUAUGUCAAAUCAAACAGCUAGUCGUGUGUUACGUGCGGUCAUUCGACGUUUAGUAAAACCAGUUGAUAUUAAAAACUUUUUCACUGUUAUUCAGUCGUGCAAAUGUAAUAAAUUUGGGAUACGUAGCAUUAUUCCCAAUAAACAGCAUGGUAUAUUAACAGAUUUGGCUGAUUUAUGUAUCAGGCAUCCUUCUGAAGAAUUUCAACGCACAUUCCUACGAAUGCUACCGUCAAUUUUCGGUUUUACUGAAAAACAUUCUUCUUCAAAAUCUAGAGAAGAUUUAUUCAUUCGUUGUCUUGUUGGAAUGAUAACUCUCAGUGAAUUAAAUGAACACAUCACCAAUCAGUCCGUACAAGAAAAGGAUAAUAAUGAUGAUAAUCAAUACUUUGACAAUAAAGAAGAUCUAGUCAAUCCAGUCACUGUACCAGGAUGUUUAUUUGUUGAAGUUUAUUUAAAUUCACUUAUGCUCAUCCUAUUAAAGUGAUUAACAGUUUAUUAAGUCAAUCCCCUAAACGUUUAAUUGCAUGGGCACAACAUUAUCAAUUAUCAAGAGUUUUAGAAGCGCUAAUUUUAUCAGAAUCUGUAAUUAGUGAGCUUAAAAUUACAUUAUUGAAGUCUCUAAUGAACGGCUUCUCUGUUUUGGCAUGCCAUCCUAGCGGUAGUCAUGUGGUUGAAGCAUUAUGGACGGCUACAAAUACCUUACCUCAACCGAUAAUUUAUAAAGAAUUAAUGGCAGAACAAUUAACUAAUGCUAAUAACCACCUUCAUUCACAUAAAUAUGGACAUUUUAUUUAUAAGAAGUUAUCCUUAGAACUAUAUAAGUGUAAUAAAACUCUCUGGUUAACUCGUAAUAAAUCAACUCAAGCAAUCAAUAAUAAACGACUUGCUGAUGGAAAAUCACAAAAUAUUAAACGACCACGAAAAUCACUCAAAUAGCUUUUGUACAUUCAAUGUGUUGAUAUAAUGAUUAUUAUCAUUAUUGUAUAAAUAUGAAAAUGAAAGUUGUAUCAUUUCUUUUGAUAAAAUAUUGAGUUUUGUUUUUAAAGAUUUAAAUAUUUUUUCCCGAUAUCAAACAAAUAGAUAUUUAGUAGAUG